UAGACACGUGCUGAGCAUGCAGUCCAUCUGGGAUUGAGCUCCAGUAGUGCAACCAUGCCAAGGCCGUUCCCACCUCCCCUUCUUCCCCUUUCAGACAAAUUUGCAGAAGCCACACCUUUCUGCGCAAAAAAGAAACCUCGCCUUUCCCUUCUCCUCUGCUGCCUCCCCGUCUCCUUUCGGAAACCCUAACGAGUGAAUACUACGUCUGAGAAGAGUUUGACGAAGCUCUGACUCGUUUGGUGGAGUUCAGAGCAAGAUCAUCUGAGUUUUCCGAAGGCCUAAAAAUGGAGUGAUCUUCCCGUCCGUCUCCCCCUGACUUUGAAGCUCCCGCUAGAUCCAGCACAUUCUCUGCUCAAAACACGAUCUUUCCGGCCUUUUUGCUCCCAAAAUCCUAUCUUUGUGGGGUUUUGGCUCCGAAGAUUUGAUCUUUUUGCGUUGCGAGAUAGGUAGCCAUUAAAGGUCGUGCUUUUGGGGGGAGGGUUCUUGUUUUCGGAUGUCGCUUCCACUGCCGCAGCAGCAGCAGUUUCCGCCACCGGCGGCGGCGUACCCAGCGCCGUACCGAUCCCACGGUGGCUCCGUCGGGCCGGUGAUAGCCGUCCUAGCCUUGAUCGCAGUGCUGGGUGUGAUUGCCGGGAUCGUCGGUCGACUCUGCUCCGGCCGGACCAUAAUGGGUCACGGCCACUACGACCUCGAAGGGUGGGUCGAGCGGAAGUGCGCUUCUUGCAUCGACGGGAAAAUAGAGGCGCCACCGCCGCUGCGAACGACCACCAAUGGGCCCGGGAGUGCGCACCCGCUCGAGGCGCCUCAGCAAAUGAAACGGCCGGAGCCCCCGCCGGAGGUGGUUGAGUCGUGAUCGACGACGUACAGCUAGUGGCGCUUUGUGUCUCAAAAUCGUCUUAAAAUUUCUGCGUCUCUUGUUCCUUCAUUUCUUUGAUGUUUUUUCUAUGUCGCGGUGGAACUCAAAAUUUCCAUUGAAGAAAAAGAUUCAAGCUUUUGGAUUGGAUAUUUA